GACAGAUAUAUGUGUUACACAUCACUAUUGUGUUAAUCGUGUUUAUGCCUAUACGUUGUUAUAAAGUUAGAAUAUAAUUUAUUAUUAUUGGUGUGUUUCCAUUUGGAUUGUUGAAUUUUUUACCCCGCAAAGAGUAUAAUAAUUAAGCAGUCACCAUGGCGAAAAUGGCAUUUCAACACCAGGCUGGAACAGCUAUGGAGUGUCUUAGUAUACCUAUAACACUCCAGAAAGAAGCUGGUGUUGACUCAGAAGGAAGGGAAGUUAUGAAAUGUGGUUUUAAAAUUGGCGGUGGAAUUGACCAAGAUUUUCGCAAAAGUCCACAGGGAUACACUGAUAAUGGCAUAUAUGUGACAGAAGUACAUGAAGGAAGUCCUGCAGCAAAAUCUGGAUUGAGAAUGCAUGACAAAAUACUGCAAUGCAACGGCUAUGACUUCACGAUGGUGACACAUAAAAAAGCAGUAAGCUAUAUAAAGAAACACCCCAUCCUAAACCUAUUAGUGGCAAGGAAAGGUGUUACAUCUACAUAAAACAAUUUGUUAUAGACCAUCUUACUUAUAAACAUUAUUUAGUUUUUAACAACUUGAAGGUUUAUCUAUUUACUAUAUUUAUAGAAUAGAUUACCAACUUUGUGCUAUCUUUCAAGAUAACAAUGAAAUGAGCAAUCACAAACACAAUGAGACACACUUAUGACUUACUAUCAACAAUCCAAUUAGUUUAAUACUGGAAUCAUACUACUGACAUGCUAACAUGAUUACUUGUUCAUCGUUUACAUUCAUUAUAAUUUAUGUUUUUGGAAUGUAAAUAAAAUGUUGAUAAUUAUCUGAAAUCAUGUACUUAGUAAAGUAUAAGAACAAUCUCCAUAUAUUUCAAAUAUAAAUAUUAUUUGAGUUAUUUCUAUUUAACUCAUUUUAUCGGAGUCUUAUUAGAAGGGAAAUUGAAUAGUCAAACAACUUUCUGAGAAUGAAGUUUGAUUAAUAAAAGCGAGUUUGCCACUCUGAUUAGUUGGUUCAUUUCAAUUGCACCGGCCAACUAGAGUGCUGAAUGCUCUCUUGUUUAGUUUUUCUCUUACCAAUGAUGUUCAAACUAUUUGCAAGAGCCUUAGACAAACUAAUAUAAGUACAUACUUCUUUUAAGUUUAAUAUUUUAAAUCAAUUUACAAUGUAUUUAAAAAUAUUAGCUUUUAUAUUUCUCAAACUAAACAAUUAUUCUAAACAGUAUUUCCUAAAUACCAAUAACAUGUAUGCAUUAAGAUUUACAACUACAACAGUUACAUAAUUACAUUUUUACACCCAUUUUUGUAUCCUUUUUUUAUACAUUUUGCAUUUUUUUGUAAAGUUUGACUAUAAUGUAUAAUAAUUAAAUAAAUAAUAAUACCCAAAUACUCAAGCGCUACUCAAUAAAGUUUGUGAUAAAAUAAUAAUUGUCAAUAUUAAUAAUAUGUACUUGGACUUAUGGUCUCUCUUAAAAUUUUCUUAGAUUUUGUACCAUUAAUAUAUUAUUAUUUUUCGGUCUGUGUCAUAAUGCCUGAUUAUGUUGAAGUUAGCGUAACAGACACAUAUUUUCGUGGAAUAACAUAUAAAAUGAUUUGUCAAUUCAACUAACGGAAACUUAAUCAAAUAUUGUGAAAUGGGCCUAUAUUUUUAAGCAUAGAAAUGUUACUGUUAGAUUUUAUUUAAAAUUUAAAAGUAAAAAAGCCUCAAGUAAUUAUAAGGUUUAUAAGUAAAUUGGUAAAUUGUUUGAAAUUUGAGUUAAGAGCUUGAAGUAUGGAGCACUGAAUUAGUAUUAUAAAAUGACAAGUGAUUAUAAUAAUGUUAUUUAUUUUUUUACUUAUAAGUUUAGUUAAUAAAAUAUUGCAUUACUGUUUAAUUGUAAAAAAAAUGUAAAACUGUCCUACAUAGUACAGCGAAUUACUAAGAGGCAUUUGAAAGUAUUUUAUUAAAUGAGUUACCAAUGACAUAUUUUUAUACUAAACAAUUGCAUUUACACCAGCAAUAGUUAUAAUUUUUACUUGAUAAAAAUUAAGCAUGAAUUUGUCAUGGAAUAAUGACGUAGUUUAAGUAUUUAUUAGUGGUUAUAUUUGAAUUUAUAAAAAUUUAUAAAUUGGUUAUAUGUAUAGAUACUAUUUGCUUUACUCUCACAUACGUAAUAUUAAAAAUUAAAAUAUAUGAAAUCAAUUAAAAUGUGAAUUUAAUUUACAAAUUGGGAGUGUAACUAGAUAUGGUAAAGGUGUUUGAGAGUAAGGCAGUUAUUAUAAGUUACUUUUAACUUUGUUAUGGCUCAUUAUACUUAAGCAUCAUUACGGUCUUCAUGAUCUAACCUUUAUCUACUGUAUACCAUACUGAAAGUGCAAAGUAUUAUUGGAAUAUGUUUCGAAAAUAUCUCAAUAAUAGUUCUGAGUCUGGAGUUGUGCCAUGUAUGGCAAAAGACUCAAACAAGGGACUUAUAGCUGGUGAAAAUUGGCAUUUAUACUGUAUGCACUUAUGCUUUCUGAAAUUGCAAAUUAUUGCACAUUCACAUUAUCUCUGAUAAUGCAAGCCUAUGGUCAGUCAGCUGAGUAUUUUACAGAUGGAGAAGAUUAGUAGCUAAUAUAUAGAGCCUAUAAAUAUUUGACCCCUUUUAAAAAUAAAAUAAUACUAUUACAGACUCUUUUGUAUAAAUAACUACAUGGUUUUAUGCACUGUGCCAAAUAACACUGCUCCAUCUAUUAUAAUUAUUUAAUUUUUACAUGUAUUUGAACUGAAACAUGUUAUUAGUUAAUAAAAUGAAAAACCAUUUAUA